AUGAGUGCGGCUCGGGUGGUUAUUAGUAUUGCGCGCAUCUCUGCAUACCCCAUCAUCGCUAAGCUUGGAGAUGUCUUCGGCAGAGCUGAAAUGUUUAUCGUGUCUAUCCUUGCCUCUGCUCUAGGCUAUGUCAUCUAUGCAGCCUGCGCGAAUAUUGCACUAUACAUGGCUGCUGGUAUAUUCGAGGCUAUUGGAUCAACCGGAUUUGCUCUCACACAACAGGUAUUCGUGGCAGAUAUGACUUCGUUGGCCAACCGUGGUGUCUGGUCAAUGUUACCCGACUCUCUCACAACAAUUCCUACCCUAUGUCUUGGCACCAUUGUCGCUCAGCACAUCUUUGAUCACUCUACAUGGCGCUGGGGCUGGGGUAUGUGGGCAACAGUCCUUCCUUUUGCAUCGUUGCCAUUGAUUGGCACUAUGUUUUAUUAUCAACGUCGGGCGCCAUCUAAAGUCCCUAUAUCUGAGACACUGGGCUGGAAUCUUAGUGACAACUGGUAUACAGAGGUCUACCGAUUGCUUUGGAUUCAAGUUGACCUGCCAGGAGCUAUCCUUCUCGUUGCUGGAUUGUCUCUUCUCUUGGUUCCCGUAUCUUUGACAGGCUCCAACAACAGUGGUGCAUGGACCCGUGGGUCAUUCAUUGCUAUGCUAGUCCUUGGGGUGGUUUUCUUGGUGGUUCUCCUGUUAUGGGACGCACGAUUCGCAAAGAAGCCAUUUGUGCCUUACCGCAUGAUCAAGAACCGGACGGUGGCAGCUGCCUGUCUUCUCGGGGCAUUGAACUUCUUCCACUACUCAGUUUUCAGAGUCUUCUUUACGAGUUACCUCCAGGUUGCCGGCAACUUUUCUGCGGGCUCCGCGACAAGAAUUGACAACUCACUUUGUGUGUCGUCCCAGGUAGCUGGCAUUUGUGCCGCCUAUUUCAUGAAGUAUACCAAGCAAUCUCAGAUCUUAGUAUUGAUCGGUGUUCCUCUUUGCCUUCUUGGAAUGGGAGUGCUUCUUUACCUUUUAGGCAUGGGAAAUGGUCGCACUGGGAACGAAGCAGCAUUUGUGACAGCCAAGUCACUGAUUGGUAUUGGGCGUGGUUUCUAUCAAACAGCCGCACAGGUCUCUGUGCAAGCCAUGGUUUCGCGACAAGAAGUCUCGGUUGUUUCUGCGGUUUUCUUCGCCUCGAUGAGCAUGGGAAGUGCAGUUGGCACAAGUGUCGCUGGAGCUAUAUGGCGCAACAGUCUGCCGAACAGACUGCAGCAGUAUCUGCCUAGCGAGCUCAAGAACCAGGCAAAGUCUAUCUUUGGCUCAAUUGAGAUUGCUCGCAAGUAUGCUGUCGGCACUAAAGCUCGCGACGCCAUCAAUCGCAGCUAUCGCGAGUCACAAAGACUACUUGCGAUUGCAGGUUUGGUCUCGCUCUCAUUGAUGCUCAUUGACAUGCUCCUUUUGAGGAAUAUGAAACUAGGAGAAGAUGGAGGAGCUCAGGCUGAGGAGAAAGAGCAAACUCCAGCAGCUCCAGCAGCCAAAAAUGAGCCCGAAAACGAUCGUGCCUAA